AUGCCAGAGACUAAGCAGACAGUUCUAAUAACAGGCUGCUCAGAAGGUGGCAUGGGUGCCGCUCUUGCAGUCGCCUUCCACGAAGCCGGGCUGCAUGUUUAUGCUACGGCCCGGGAUCCUUCGAGAAUGACGCAACUCGUGUCUCGCGGUAUCGAGACUCUUAGGCUGGAUGUGCUCUCGGAUUCCUCUAUCUCUGCCUGCGUCGAUCGGUUGUCUGAAGCGGGCCUUGACAUUUUGGUCAAUAACGCUGGCGCCGCAUACAGCAUGCCGGUUGCGGAUCUUUCUAUCUCGGAGGCCAAAAAUCUAUUCGAUCUCAACGUAUGGUCCUGCAUUGCUGUCACGCAAGCCUUUUUGCCACUCUUGUUAAAGUCAAAGGGCAAGAUUGUUAAUCACACGUCGGUCGUUUCUGGCACCGCUGUUCCUUUCCAGUCGGCGUACAACGCCUCGAAAGCGGCGAUGGCCAUGUUUUCCGACUCGCAGCGACUAGAGCUCGAACCCUUCGGCAUCAGAGUCAUCGAUCUCAAGUCCGGCGCCGUGAAGACCAACCUUAUCAAGAAUCAAAAGAGCGCGGGCCAAGUCUCCCUGCCAAAGGGCUCGAUUUACGAACCGGCGAAGGAGGCAGUGGAGAGUGCAAUGCGGAACGAUAAGCUCGCGGACUCGGGCAUGCCAGCAGAUAUGUGGGCCAGACAGGUGGUGACGGACUUGCUGAAGAAGAAACCGCCACUGACAAUUUGGAGAGGGGCUCAGGCAACCUUGGGUCGGAUUGGGUCGGUUCUGCCGCACGGGAUGUUGGACGGAAUGAUGAAGAAAAUGACCGGAAUUGACAUCGUCGAGCAAAGAGUACGCUAG